CCCCCUCAGUUUAAAUCCACUCCGACGGCGCACAUCACUCCAACCAACAGUGCAGCUGUCCUCCACGUCCCGCUCCUCCGCGCUGCUGUCCCGGUCUCUGCCUCUGGAGGAGAGCGAGCGCCCCAGCAGCUACAGCAGCACCAUCACGGCUGCAUGCACGGUAACAUGCUCUGCAGGCUUCGGCUGCUGUAGCUCCACAGACAUAUAUACACCCUAUAUAGCUACUGGGACGUGUGUUGCAGUACGUGUGUGAGUGUGUGAGCGAUAAGGAGAUCUGGUUUUUAUUAUUCGGUCCCGGAGGAAAGCGUCCGGUGCGAGCCGAGCAUCCCUCCACGCAGCAGGGGAGACCCUCCCGCUCCAGAGCCCCGUCGCUACAACCGGUGUGGAACACGGCCUGGCUUCUGCGACAAGACAGCGUUGUCGUCAAGUGAAAGAACAACAAAAACUGUCCCGUUGCCAUGGGGAAACAGAACAGCAAGCUGCGGCCCGAGAUGCUGCAGGACCUCCGGGAGAACACGGAGUUCUCCGACCACGAGCUGCAGGAGUGGUACAAGGGUUUCUUGAAGGAUUGCCCCAGUGGAACAUUGAAUGUGGAGGAGUUCAAAAAGAUCUAUGCCAAUUUCUUUCCCUACGGAGAUGCCUCCAAGUUUGCCGAGCACGUCUUCCGGACUUUCGACACCAACGGCGAUGGGACGAUAGACUUCCGGGAGUUCAUUAUCGCCUUGAGCGUCACGUCACGGGGGAAGCUGGAGCAAAAGCUGAAAUGGGCUUUCAGUAUGUACGACCUGGAUGGAAACGGAUACAUCAGCCGUGAGGAGAUGCUGGAGAUUGUUCAGGCCAUCUACAAGAUGGUGUCAUCCGUGAUGAAGAUGCCAGAGGAUGAGUCCACGCCAGAGAAGAGGACGGAUAAGAUCUUCAGACAAAUGGACCUCAAUAAUGACGGCAAGUUGUCCUUGGAGGAGUUUAUCAAAGGUGCCAAAAGCGACCCCUCCAUUGUCCGGCUACUCCAGUGCGACCCCAGCUCCGCCUCCCAGUUCUAAAGCCCCUCCCCCACAUCCUGCUGCGAGCUUGUUUUUACCCUCCACGCCGCCCUCUUCUCUGUUUCUGUUGCUAUUCAGAGCGUCCCUGAAAUCAAUGCAUGACGAUUCACAUCUCUCAUAUCUGUUUAGUUUUUGUCCAGCAGAGAGGCUGAGGAGAGAGUAGGAAUUUUAUUUUACUUUUGUAUUUUUUAAGGGGUUUGGGCGGAGGGGGGUAAAUGAAGGGACAUGCUUACACACAUAACGGUGUCGGGGUCCAGCAGGGGCCCACCGGAGUUCCCGACUGUCUGCAUCCGGAUCAGGAUGAGAACGGAGACGAGAGGCUCUGGAGUUCACCUCCGACGCGCGUGUAUAUUGUCAUGUACAUAACUGUAUGUCUCUGUGUAUCAUAAGAUGGAUUCAGUUUGUCUUCACUCACUGUGUGGCACAUACUACGAAAGGCAGUAUUAUGUAGCUUCCUGUUCCGAUCUCAGUGGGAGUUGUUGGGACUUUAUCGCUGUAUGAUCUUUCGCUGUGAAAAAGAAGGCCUAAGAUCCCUUUUGAUUUUUUUUUUGUGAAUAUCAACUGGUCUUUUUUUUUUAUUACUAUUUUACUUCCCCCCCUUCAUUUGUACAUAACGUUUUCCUUUUUUCAUGUGAUUUUAUUUUAUUUAUUCAUUUUUACUCUAAAUGUGCUUUUACUUUGAUAUAUUGUUUGAGAUGACUGUAUUCCAGUUUACAACGGCUGAGAGAG